AUGUUUCGAUCAGCUCUAGAAGAAUUGGUUACCCAUAAGAAUGCGUGUGAUCUUCUUUCAGAAUCUGAAAAAGUGCGAAUAUUUGAAACGGCGGUGUUUCUUGCCUCUGAGGAGUACUGUGCUAACUCCAAGCAUGCAAAAACGGCUCACACGAGGGCAUCGCCACCGUGUCACAGCAGAUCCAGCCAGCCGCAGCUGACGAAUUUUCAGAUGCUGCGCCAGGCGAUGCCAGUGUGCCUUUGCAAGUCGGUCGUGCAACAAUUCAUUGUGUUCAGCGUCAUGCUUCUCAACGACAAAUUCGUUCAUCAGUUUUACGUCAAUCCGGUGUGCACCCUGCUCCAGGCUCGUGUUUUGCUCAGUUCGAAGUUUCGUGUUUUACCCUCCGCCGAAGAGUACCGGGGGCAAGAGCACCCACCUGGAAGUCUGCUUUUCGCGAAGCCUCCCAUCAGUUGCCUGCCUCAACCUUUCCAGGAUAAUCCAGGUGAAAAGUUUCCCCGAGUUAAUAGUCGUGUGAUAACACGAUAA